GUAUCGUUCAGCUGUUCAUUUAGUCUGACGUCGAAUAUCAGUCUUACAUUAAUAUAUUUUUAUUUGAAAAGCAUUUUCAAGUCGGAAACAUUUACAGCAGGACAUCAAGACUGUAUUCAGAAUACAGAAUCCAAGGGGAAUAGACAGCACAAAUCUCACUAAUCAGCAAACACAUAAAACAAAUACAGUAACACAAACUUUAUCGCACAUUGCAGAAAGUAUCAAGCCUAAGAAAUUCUGCUUGAGGCCUGUAUAUGCAUGGUAGUUUGUGAACUGAAUAGAGUUUAAAAUAUAAAUUUAAUCUUUACUCCAAUUUGGAAAAGGGAUGCAUGAAUCAAAGCUGGAAGACAAGCCCUAUCGCUGUGAGUACACUGGAUGUAGGGCUGCAUUUAUUCAUCACUCUGCACUAAAGACACACUCGUAUACCCACAGUGGAGAACGUCCAUAUCGAUGCGAGUACCGUGGCUGCGAUGCAUCCUUCGCCCACCCUUCCAAUUUAGCCACUCACAAGCGUAUACAUACAGGGGAAAAGCCGUACGUCUGCAAGGAAGAAGGUUGUACAGCUGCAUUUGCUCAGAGUAGCAAUCUGACACGUCAUAUUCGUUCACAUACUAAGCAGAAGCCAUAUGUUUGCGAGGUGUGCAAGGCCCGAUAUUCGUCUGUGCGCUCCAGAAGUCGGCAUAUGCUGACGCAUGAUGCUGUUGCGCACUCUAGUAGCACUGUACGCGCAAGAGCAGCGACAGCCACAGGUAGGAAGCGGUUGAGUGAUGCAGGUGUUGUUUUCAGCGCUGGUGAGAGUGAGAAUGUUAAGACUGAUGAGGAUGAAAGCAAAGAUGAUGAUGGUGCAUAUACGCGAGUUGAUGAAUGUGCAGCGGUGGUACCGUCACUUCUCAGUAAACGUAAGAGGUACUCAAUAUCACAUCCAUACGCGGGUGCUCAUCCCCGUGUAGACCGGGUAGAUUCGUGCACUCAUAUGUAUGGGCAAGCACUGACACGUUCUGCCAUGUACGUGGACGCGUCGCUUUCAUCGAGAAGGGCACACUUGCUAUAUGACGAUGAGAAUGUUGACGGUUUGGAUACGGAGAUGGAGGGGUCCAAUUUUUAUUCGGAAGCACGAUCUUAUAUCCAUACUAGCGACGUUGAUGCAGUAGAAGUGGAGAAGGGCCAUGUAGAAUCGAUAGGCCACUCUACUGGUUUAGAUAAGGGAGCUUUGCGCAUGUCAAGCGACAAUCCUUCAGCUGUAGUUGAUUCUGAUGAGGGUGGUACACACUAUGCAAAUACUCCUGCUAAGUAUAAAACUGAGGCUACACGGAUGUCAGUUGAUAGUAUGUUGAUGCCAUCAUCUCGACAGUGGUCAGAUAUACCCGAGCAGCAUUCUAUUCCUGAACAGCCACAUUCCGAACUGCAUCGAUAUGUGCCUCCAGCAUGUCGUGAGUUGAAUGACGCUGACACAAGAGCUGACCAUUUUGAUUCUAAGCCUUCACUGAUCAGAUACGAUGGCCUAGGUACAUCACUCAUUCAUACGCCUACACAAAGGCAGCGCCAACGGCGCAGCACUAUUUCGUCAUCUAAUGAUUACACGGGGGAUUCGGCACGCCCAGACGGUAGCAAUCUAAGGAUGCCCGCGAAUAUCAACAGUAACUACAAUCAGUAUAAUCAGACACUCACUCAAGCACAGAUACAUGCCCAGGCGAAGGCAGAUGCACGCGCUCGUGGAAGUCAACACGCGUCAGUGCAGUCCGCUUGUGUGCCUGAUAGAGUAUCAGAUGUAAUUGUGAGUUCUUCAUAUCCGGCAAUUGAUGAUAUAAAGUGGGCUCGUUCGCGGAGAGCUUCGAAGAAACACAGAGAUAGUGGUGUAGAUCUUGAUGAAGAUAUGGAGAUGGCACACGAAAUUUGUGUCCGAUAUGAGUUUCAACAGCAGCGGCAGCAACGAAUGUCUAUGGACAAUGAAUCCGAUGUACGUACGACUGUAGGUAGAAACAUCACGAAGAGUGUGAGUGCGCAAGAGAAUGCACGACGUGGUACAAAAACCAGUAGAAGGGAGAAGUCGAGCUAUACCUCGCCACAUUUAACAGAUCAGUGGGAAGACUGUUUGGAGCAUACAAAGCAAAACGUGACAAUACAGUCUCCCGUACAAUACAGGACAUCAGUCCAAACUUCGCAUUCGCCAUAUCGGACUGAUAGUGAGGUACCUAGGUUUAACAAUAAGAAUGACCAAGGAUUAUGUAGAGAAGAAUCUCGUGCUACUGUUACAUCACAAGCGCAGGAUCACGAUGCGCCGGAGGGCAAUCGCUUACCGAGCGACAGUGAGGCGCCACCACAACACCGCUCGAGUUUGAACAUGCUGGUGGAGGUGCUGCAAAAUCUAGUUAAGUCGUAGGUCCAGGUCAUUGACCCUGUUGCUGCGAAAAGAAAAGCACUUAACGAAGACCAUGUUAAUGGGCCCUGAUGCACAAUGGAGUGUGCCGCGGUACAAGAAUUGCAUUUCAUGGAAAAAGUGUUUCGGGCAUAACAAGAUUGUCCGAGGUCGGCUAGAUAUAUUUACAAACUCUUCCUCUUGAUGCGUUCAACGUCAUUGAUUGUCUGCGAACUCCAGUCGUGUGAGAAAACGGUGAAGAUGAAGUGUGCCGUAUAUACAAUUGAAUAGUGUGUUCGAGAAAUGACUAGUAAAUCUAAUAUACGGGCAGAUUAAAUAUGGGGUAACUAUGUCUCAACCCCUCUAGACUAUAAUUUUAAUACAUUUAUAUAUAUGACUGAAUAAUUAAAUUAUUAUCCGAAUCCCG